UCUCUGUGUCUCUGAGUCUUUGUCUCUGAGUCUAUGUCUCUGGGUCUGUGUGUCUCUGUGUCUCCGUGUCUCUGAGUCUUUGUGUCUCUGUGUCUCCGUGUCUCUGUCUCUGGACCUGGAGGAUCGACCGGUUUUCUAAGUGUAAUGGAAGAAACAGGAGCUGGACCAGAACCAGAACCAGGAGCUGGACCAGAACCAGGAGCUGGAGCAGGACAAGGAGCAGAACCAGGAACUGGACUAGAACCAGGAGCAGCACAAGGAGCAGAACCAGGAGCAGAACUUCGAAGGAACCCGACUCACACAGACGCUUUGGCUUCAGGCUGCUCCUCUCUGACGACUCAGCAGCUUCAGGAGAACGUCCGGGUGGCGAAGCGGCGGAACCGCCCCGAGAGGCUGAUGUUUGAAAUCCCUUCAGCUCGGAUCAUCGACCAGGUUCUGAGCAAACACGUGGUGUACCAGGUGGUGCCGAUGCGUUCGGGCAGGUUCGAUUCCCGGCGUGUUUCAGUGGAGCGCCGCUACAGCGACUUCUCCGCCCUGCACCAGCAGCUGCAGCAGGAGGUCCGGGCCCAGCAGGAGGAGCAGGAGGAGGAGCUGGAGGAGGAGCUGGAGGAGCUGGUCCUGCCCCCGAAGCUGCUGAGCGGGAACUUCUGCCCUCACGUGAUCGCUGAGCGGCGCGUGGCGCUGCAGGACUUCCUGUCCCACGUGUCCCGCGUGCGCUGUGCGCGCGGCCGCGCUGCGUUCCACGCCUUCCUCACGCAUCGCGAGCAGAGGCGUGGGCACGCGCUGCUGCGGGGGGGGCAGUUCGAGGCGGCGCGGCAGCAGCUGCAGGAGGUGCUGCUGAUGGAGGAGAAGCUGUUGCCGUGGCAACGCGCCACCCUCCUGGUGCCCACCCUCUCCGCCCUGGCGGUCUGCCACCGGGACCUGCAUGAGCCGGAGCGCGCGCACGCGGCGGCGCUGCGCGCGCUGCCUGCGACCCGGCGCUACGGCCUGACCCGCCACAGGGCGGCGCUGCUGAGCCUGCUGGUGGAGGUGGGCUACGAGCUGGGGGAGCCGGUGGCCCCCCUCCAGGAGGAGCUGACCCGGCUGAGGGAGGCGGAGCGAGGGGGCGGGGCCUCCUGUUCCCUGAAGGAGCUGGUGGUGCAGGAGUUCCUCUGAGGACCAGGGA